AUGUCGGCGACUCUGCUGAAGCAGAUGCUCGUGGAUGCGGCGGCUUUACUCAAGGCUGAGCGCUACCAGGAGGCACAAGACGCUGCUCGUCGCGUGACGCAGUUUGACCCAAACAACUUCCAGGCUUUCAUGUGUGUAGGGCUCGCUAGCUUCCACCUCCAGCAGUGGGGAGACUGUGAAGAGGCGUAUCGGCGAGCUUCGGAUUUGAAGCCGGAGAUGCCAGCGCCGUGGAAGCACCUUGUAGACCUUUUCCAAGCCAAACACGACUUGAAAAACAAGUUGGAGCCAAUGGAAAAACUUGUAGCGAUCAAUUUGAGGAGCAAGAAGUUUAAGCGAUGUCAGAAGUGGGUCGCAGAGGUCGCGACAACGGCAUUGGAGCUUAAGAUGCUUCCAAAAGCUUUCGACGCGUGGUACUCACUUGUGGGUAAGCAGACUGGAGCUUUCGGCCAGCUGUCGAUGGAGGAGACCCCAAAUGAGGAGCUACCGUCCGUGUUGACUAUAUGGCUGGAUCUAGUCGAUCUACUGCAGCGUCCCGGUUUCAGUCUAUCAGCUUGCACUGGCAACUACUCAAUGGAGGAAAUUGCCAGUCAGUGUCUUGCUGCAGCAUCUCGCUCGAAUUGGAAAGUGUGUAAUGACGAGCUCAGUGCACUUCGGUCGCGAGUGGAUGUUGCGAUUGCGUUCUUCAUGCGAUCCUACUUGGACUUAUUGAAGACUUCUAAAACAAAGCAUGCUCUCCUCAAGACCAUCGAUGCAGUAGCAAUGUCGAUUGUCGAGUGGUUUCCUGCAUCCAAGACUCCAGCAGAAUUCUUACUCCUCCGAUCUGAGGAUCAGGACAGUCCCAUUGAGUUGGACAAAGCCAAAGAAGUUGCAGCCACGCUGUUUGCAAGUCAUCCUAAGAGCCCCAUGGCUCUUACAUUUCGAGCGGUUGACUGUUUGUGCGACGGGAAUAGUAGUGAGGCUCGAGAACAUCUUGUUGAAGCCCUUGCAGGAUAUGCUUCGUCAUCCUUUCAAGAAUGUGCUCUUUGUAUCCGCACACAAAUUGAACUAGCGUCCAUCGCACUUGCAGCACGCGAUGUAGAAGGCUGUCUGAAUCGUCUUGCGCUAGCUAAAAAGGUGGUGGCCAACAAGACAACGUUUCUCGGAUCCGAAGGUCCGCUUCCUGAGAUAUAUUCUGAAGUAAAGUUGCUGUUUAUGACGGCCACUGCACGCGAAUGUUCGGGCGAAGUGGAGAAGGCCCUGGAGCAUUACCGAAGUGUCAUAAAGAGUGGUGACCUUCGUUUUGCGGUAAAAGCGGCGAUUUCAGCAGCAGAGCUGAUGGCAAGCAAAGCGCAACCGCAAGAGGCCUUUGACAUUCUCAGUUCUGUUUCUACACCUGAUCUGGAGAACGAAAGCGUGGCCGCGACAGUAUUGUGCUUGCGUGGAUGGCUCCACUUUCAGCUGGGUGAUAUUAAGCAGGCCCAAACCCUGCUGGAAGCAAAUGUGAGCAAGAUUGAUCCGGGUGAUGUUUCCGGCAGAGGGCGAGCGCUCAAACGAUUGGCAAUCGUUUAUUGGCAUUUGGGCGGCUCUGACCAGACAGCCAAAACGGGAUGCUUCGGCCAUUUGUUGCAAGCCGCCAAGCUAACGCCCUCCGACGCAGAGAUCUUUGCUUGGCUGGGUAAAUGGUACGAAGACAUUGCAGACGAUGUUACGCGUGCCGAAAAAUGCUUUUUGAAGGCGCUUUCGCUGUCUCCCACUGAUGAGCUAGCAGGUAUCGGCUUGAGCAAUCUGUACGAUCUGCAAGGAAAAUACACAGCAAAUGUGACAUUAUGGCAACGAGUGACCGAGGGUCAAGUAACAGCCCCUACAUGGGCACUUUUGCGACUAGUGCAGCACCUGGUGGAGCAAAAUAAUGAGGCUGCAGUGGGGAAAAUGCAUCUAGUGCUGCGCAACGAUCCUAUGAAUGCUCGCUACUGGGUAAUUCUAGCACACGUUUAUCAAAACUUUGAUAAACAAGUUUCAGCGCAGAGGUCGUAUUUGAAGGUAAUUGACCUGGGUGAAGACAACUGGUGUGUUCGCUGCGAGCUGGCGAAGAUUGAAGGCUCGUUGUUGCUUUUCGAUGAUGCCUUGGAGCGUAUCAGGCCGGUAGUUACUGGCGAGUUGCAGAAUGGUGAACCCGAUGUGGCCGCCGCCUCGAUGUUUUACUCCGACUUGCUUUUCCAGCAAGCGAAAUACUUAUGUGCAGAAGGAUUGUAUGGUAGUGCAGCUGCAAAUUUGAAGGAGGCAUCGCGUAUCAUGAAGGGACUGCCGUCCACUGUAUCGCUCUCUGGGUCCGUGGAAGCCUGUAAGCUGAUCGGUGAUAUUCACUGUUUUGCGUUCCACUUGUCACCAGAGAACUUCUCAAGUGAAGAGUCUAGCUGGGUUGAUUUUAUCAGCGCAGGAAGAAAGGCGUAUGAGGCAGCUGUGCUUCUAGCCAGAAAAUGUGAAAAGGAAACCACCGAUGGUCCUGACGUGGUGGCUGUGUCAGAGAGAUACUAUGAUGUCGGUCUAAGUUAUUGGUACGAAGCUGAAGCUAUCAACAACGUACAUGGCCAUUGUACAUCAGCUUUUUCGAUUCAAAAAGGUCCUGCCGGCUCCGACAACAAUGUGCCCAUUAUAAAACUCAAGGCAAAAGCAUUGAUGAAUUUCAAGCUCGCACUCCAGGAGGAUCCUUCGUGCUCAUUGGCUUGGAAUGGUCUGGCACUGGUGUCUGACAAUUUACUAGUCAAGCAGUUUGCGUGGACACGGUCGAUCCAAACAGGGAGCAGUAGCGACGCCACAUGGGCAAAUUUGGGCAUGUUUUACCUCAGUCACGCCGACGUCGUGCCGACACUGGCGUCUCUGGCCCGAAAAUCGUUCCUCCAGCUACAGAGUAUAAAUCCGAGUAACCCGUCGAUGUGGAAUGGGUAUGCAAUGCUGGCUCGACGUCAAGGUGACACAGCAGUUCAGCAAAUGAAAACGAUUGAAGCUUUUGACUGUGCGCUGCAGACCGGAUUGGAUCUCGAUGCUUUGCUGGGCUUGUGCAUGGCACUGCUUGAUUGUGGGGAUAGCAUUGACGAAUCGAUCACUGGUGCUCCAGAGCACGGGAAUGAGCAGUUAAUGUUCUUUCUGAAGAAAUACUUGGAACGAGACCCAUACUACGGGCAUGCUUGGCACGCCCUCGGUAUCGUGCAGCAUCGUCUCGGGCUGUACUCAAACGCCUUGACAUCUUACACCCGCGCGGCCUCAUCGUCGCAGGCGCUCGAAGGGCUCGAAUGGAACACACUCGUAACGACGCUUGGCGAACAUUCCCUCACGACCCAGAGUCUUGCGACGAACGAGACCGCACUACUGCAAAAGAUCGCCACGCUCAUCAAGCCGUCAGCAGGGGGAUCCAUUGCACUAGAAGCCAUUGUCCAAGCGCAUCUUCUGUACCGUCAGUCAAAGGGAGGCGAGGCGCUCGAUCUACUCCAGGAGCUGCUGUCCAAUGCAAACCUUCAGACGAGGGAAAAUGAUGUCGUUGCCUCAGUUGGUCUGUCGAUGUCAGGCCUGCUAAUCGACAACUUCCCUCCUGAAGCGAGCCGCCUGGCAACAGUAUGUAAAAAUCACCUCUUGUCGUCGGUUCAUCAAGCAGAGUCGUCUCUUUCCAGGCGCGACUAUCUGGAUCUGCUAUCAAUGGAACUCUUUGAGCGGUGGAUAGGCACCGAUGAGGCUUAUCUCACACGAAUGCAGGCUCUAUCACAAACCAGUGGUGGUGUCAGUUCCAGCGCGCUGUGGGUAAGGUUAAGUUUUGCAGCGGUCGAUUCGCAGACCCUUCAUGUGUCAAGUUGUCUUGCUGAGUACUUGCGAGCACCCGCAAAUAGUCUUCCGUCCCCUGGUGAGGAGACAGACGAUCGCAGCCUUCUCGAUUCCCUAGUCGGAUUGUUCAAGGCUGGUCCAUCGGGAACGGAGGGGUUAUGCCGGGAUGCGCAAAAGUUGAUCCGUGCCCAACCGUGGAACCCACAGGCGUACGUUGUAGCUGGAGCGAGCAUUUUAAAGCGGAUGAGCCUUCAAGCAACGGAUGAGCCGAUCGACGAAGUUCUCCGCCAACUACUGCGCCUGUUACAGACUGGUCUAUCGUUAUCCAUCAGUGCGAGCAAAAACGAGUACGACAGCGCUCAGUUGGAGCUGUUGACGAGCUAUUGCUUUGUUAGACUUGGCAUGCACGACCAAGCGAUUGCUACAGUAAACAAUGCUCUGCACCGGGUGGCAACAGACACGAAGUGUGGUGCCAUGGCGCGUUCGGUGGACACUGAUUUGUUAGAAGCGCGAUUGUUGUCUGUCUUCGACCCGGCGAAGGCCAUCAGCAAGUACUUGGCUACGGUAGCUGCUGUCUCAGAUAGCGGUCAAUUGGUUCCCAUCCUUCUUGAGCUAGGUGGGCUUUACGAAGAACAUCAGCUCUUGGACGCUGCUAUCAAUGUGUGGAAGCUCGUAGCUUCGUUGACAGCGACUAUGACUGCAGGAUCCGAUGACACUGGCGACGACGCCAGCAGUGCAGCCACGACUACGAGCAGCCAUAGUGACAUUGGUGUUUGUUUCUUUGCAAAUUUGCGGCUUUCGCUCAUUCACGGAAAGAAGAGUAAUGUCAAGAUGGCGCGCAAGCACAUCAAGAUGGCGGCGACUCUCGUUGAAGCUGAUCCCAACUUUGACUCGUCCACAGUUGUGGCAUUUGUGUCAGAAGUUCUUGCGAACUGA